UGUUCCAAACCAAAAUAGCCGUAAACCACGCCGUGAGCACCAGCGAUGCGGGCGGUGAGCACCAGCAGCUGGAAACCGGCCAACUUGGAUAAAAUCCAACAGCUGGCGUCCGCAGCAUCGGCCUUUGGCGCCGGUUUUGGAGACAUUGGUUACAGCCAAGCGGAUCUGAAGGCACGUGCGGAACGUGAAGCACGAGAGAAGGAGCGAGCAGCGAAGGAGGCACUCGAGCGACAGCGGGUGGCUGAAGCGGCCGAAGCGGCUGAGCGACAGCGGAAGACGCGUGAGGCGGAAGAGAAGAGGCAAGAGGAGGAGAGACAAAGAAGGUUGAGAGAGGAGGAAGAGGAACGGUUGCAAGAGGCGGCUCGGGCACAAGCGGCCCGAGCCUCCACUCGAGAGGUCGUUGAGGCCGCAGACGAGCUUGCAAAGGAGGACCCCUUCAACGCUCCUGGCAACGCCGCGGCGGCGGAAGCCGCUGCCCGGACGGAUGUGUAUAGCGACGACGAGAUCGACGAUGACUUCGAGGUGGUCGAUUUGGAUACCUUCGAUGUGGACGAUCUGGUGGUGGUUCGGGAGGACUUUAUCUCAGACUCUGACGGAGGGGAGGAGCUCCUGAGAGGGCAGAGGGGGCAGAUCAUCGAGAUCGACGAUGAUGGCGAUGCGUACAUCCGCUUCCGAGAGCACCGGAAGAAGCAAUGGGUCUACAGUCAAAACUUUGGCUACUUAGCCAAGGUGCUCUUUGACAAGGGCGACGAUGUGAUCGUGAGGAGAAGCUUCGAGAACGGAUCUUUUCCCAUGCGACGCGGGCAAAGCGGCCGCGUGUGCCGCGUGGAUGCCGGCGGCGAUGUGUUGAUCGACUUCCAUGGAGAUCUCAGGGAGCAAUGGGUACAGUACUAUUGUUUGGUCUUCCUCGAGAAGGAGAAGCCGAAAUCAGCUGCAGCUUCUGCAGCGGAGGCCAAGCUUUGGUUGUACAACCCACCCUCGUUCCGAGAUGUCGCCAUCCGUGCGACUCCAUCCAUUGAAGGGCCGAGGACAGCCUUGACGAUGAGACCGGGACAAAGGUUCAUGGUCUCUGAGGAACUGGUCGGUGAAGAUGGCAUCUUGUACCUCAAGCUUGCCGAUGGCACGGGCUGGAUGUUUCAAAGCAAACCAGGCAGUGGCACUCUCUGCGUUCCUCAGGCAGGUGGAAUGCCCAAGGACCUUUUGUCUCGGCUUCAAGGUGGUCGGGCGGAAGACGAUGAUAAGAUUAUGCACGUGGAGGAUGCUAAGGGUUUGCUGAUCAGCAUGGAUAAAGUGCUGUCCUCGAAGCCUGUGCAAUCGCUGGUUGAAGGCCUCCUGAAGGAUCAGCCGGCCGCCAAGCAACAUCUCACGGAGGUGCAGAAAGGGCAGGAAAUGGAGCUGAUGCGCGAGAAGGCCAAGCGCAUCGUGGUUGAUGCCAGCAAAGGCUUGCUGAAGCGCUUCGGCUUCGAGGUCUCACAAGAAGGCCAACAAGAGCUCUUGGAAGCGCUUCGAGAACAUCAGCAUGACGACACGGUAUACAUCGUUGCGACCAACAUCGAGAUGGCCUUGCAAAUCCCCGCGGGCGGAUGGUUCGGCUUGACCCAGCUCCGCAAGGGUUCACAGGUGUCCGUGAACCAUGAGGGUCCCCCCGAGCGAAUUGGCCAGACGGGCACGCUCGAACGCUUGCAGAACGACGGCUGGCGCGUGCGCAUCGGCGGAGAGG